UGACAAGUGCCUCUUUCUCCGACCUAUUUGAGCGUUUUAUGUUUCUCUGUAGACUCCAUGCUCUUCGCUGUCUGAUGAACGGUUGUUAGCGUAUUUUACGAAAAAAAGGGUCCAAAAGCAGAUUUAUUUCGAGUGCACAGACUGGAUAAAACGCCACUGUACUAGCAACAACGGCCGUCUGUUUUUGGUGAAGUUUUAUCGACCAGGAUGCCCCAGUCCUCUUCUCUCAUCUGAAGACGGUAGGACAGUAGUCUGGAGAUGAAGCAGGAUCCAUUGACCAAGGGUGGUAGCACAGCUACAUCCUGUCCAGGAAGGAUAGACUCUAUUGGGGUAAUGAUGCUAGCCAGCACCCCCUCCUCCACUUCCACCCUGUCUUCCUCCAUAUCCUCCCUCUCUUCCUCCAUCUCUUCUUCAUCCUCCUUGCAGGAAGAAAGGAGAAAGGGAGAUGAGGAGUUCAUUUGUGGAGAGGAGGAAGAGGGGGAGGUGGUCAGCGUUUCUAUAGUAACCAUAGCGGAGGAAUCCUGCCCUUCGGAACCGUUUGGAACUGUCGCCCACGUGGAGGUAGCAGCCAAUGAGAGUGCAGUGAGGGAUGGAGACUGCCAAUCAAAAACUUCACGAAGUACCCAGACUGAAGAAGAGGAGAAGCAUGAGGGGGAAGGAGGAGAGGGUGUGAAAGAGAAGGAUCAGGGAGAGGAGGAAGGUGAGAUGGCUGAAGAUGAGAGUGACCAUUCUGCCCUGUUAGAGGAGGAGGAUGAGGGAAGGAACCAGGUGUUUGUCUCGGAUGACAACUUGGGGUUGUCGGACAGUCUCACCCCUGGAACACCAACACUCCUCAACAUCAAGGUUCUGAUGAGCACAUCACACGGGGUCCGUUUCCAGACGGACUACAUGGCAGAUCUUACUGAGCUCAGAGAGCUGUUUAAACACAUCAGCCAACCACAUUAUAUCAUGUGA